UUUAUCGACAUUGGAGAAUUUGGAGAGGAAUGAAUAGUUACAAAAGUAAUUCUAAUUUGUUUAAAAUGACAAAUGAACAAUAAACGUAGUUAUAAAAAGGUGGCGGUGAGAAUAAUCUUCCUUAUCGACAACGGCCGCCACAUUUUGGAAAACCAAUCGAUAAGUUGUUGAGUAGUUUCUGCCGACUUUGUAUAGAUGGCGAUACGGUCGCAUUUGGCCCCCUCUCUCCUCUGGCGGGAGAUUUAAUUUCACAAUCAAAUUAUAAUCAACGUAUUAAUUUGUGAACCAAUUGGAAAAUAUAAGAUUAAGCAUUUUUACGUAGCGAUUUUAUUGAACAUUGAACAUUAAUUCUAAUAAGCUGCUUGUAGUGCGAAGGCAUAAAUUCAAGAUCCCUCGAAAACAAAGGGAUGUCUAGUCUUGUUGGACCUGUAGUCAUUGGUAUAAACGUAAUAGCUGUCACAGGCUUCUGUAAGGUUCUUGUGUCUUGCACAUAAAUUACAGAAAUAUAAAAACAAUUUGACCAAGAACAUUGUCAGCUAAAAUCAUGGAUUUGCUAGGAUCUAUCUUAAACUCAAUGGACAAGCCUCCCACAGUCAGUGACAAGCAAAAGACACUUAUGAAAAAGCAGAAAGAGGAGUAUCAGAAGUAUCAAAGGGCAGAAGCAGAUAGAUUAAAAUCUUUUCGAGGAAAGGUAGAAGACAAAAUUAACAAAUUCCUUCAAGAUGACAAUGCUAAAGAAUAUAAAUUCCCUCCAAUGGACCAAAUCCAUAGAAGUAUAAUACACGACGUCGCCGAAGUGGCGAAUGUAUGGGCAUAUUCCUUCGGAGAGGAAGGCAUCGAUCGUCACAUCGUGAUUUUUAAGAGAGAACAUGCUCCGUCCGAGGAUCAACUGAACGUGUUACGUCGAGGAGAGGAAUGGAACGAAGAGGUAGCGAAUAAAUUAGUAGAAGAAAGGGAAAGAAGAGCCAAAGAAGAGAUAGAAAUCGCGAAAUCUAAAAAGCGAAAAGAUAAUUUCACCCCAAACAGUUAUUAUAAGGAUAAAUACCAACACCUGAUUGGAAAAGAAGCUGCCUUAGAAGCGGCUAGAAAAACAGAAGCUAACAGCAGUUACGGAUGCGUUCCUAGUGAAAACAAAAAAGAUCAACGAAGUAUAGAGCAAACGUUAGCGGACAUACGUGCUAAGAAAAGAAAAUUAGAAGAAACCAAAGAUUCCGAGUGUAAAGAUAAGAUUAUAAAACAAUAAGAUAUUGUGAAAUUUAAUCAAUGUUCCGAUAGUCGUUUCCUUUUUGAAUUGUAAAUAUUUUCCACUAGGUUUGCUAAAAUGUAAAGGGAAUACCAUUUGUUCGUCAUUUCUUGAUUGUAAUCUUUGCUUGUUCAACGCUAGUAUUAUUUUCUGUACCUGUGAUAAAAAACGAAAAAGAAUUUUCUUCUUGUGAAAUUCAGUA